AGGCUCGGAACUCCGUUUAUUCUGGGGCGGGCUGGGGCAAGUGCCACGUCAGCUCUAGGUGACCGGACGAGGCCACUGUCUCUUAAGUUGUCUAGAGUCCUCAGCACUUGUCUAGGACGCCAGGAGAGGCUGUGGUCAUGGUGAAUGAAGAUCCUAGCCACGAAGGGCUCGAUGGCGCGCCGUCGCAGACUUCUGCACUCCAGGAGAACCCCAACCUCGCUGCCCAACCCAGCGUCUCCGGCCACCCCAGCAUCUCCGCCCACCCCAGCUUCUCAGCCCAUGCUAGCACCUCCGCGCAUCCCAGCGUCUCGAUCCAUCCCAGUGUCUCUGUGUACCCCAGUAGUUCAGCCCACCCCAGUACCUUGGCUCAACCCAGUGGCUUGGUCCAACCCAGUAGCUCGGGCCAACCCAGUAGCUCCGGCCCUGAGGACCUUAGCGUGAUCAAGGUGAGCAAGCGCCGGUGGGCAGUGGUCCUGCUGUUUAGCUGCUACUCCAUGUGCAACGCCUUCCAGUGGAUCCAGUAUGGCUCCAUCAACAACAUCUUCAUGAACUUCUACGGGGUCAGUGCCUUUGCCAUCGACUGGCUCUCCAUGUGCUACAUGCUGACAUACAUUCUGCUGCUGCCUGUGGCCUGGCUCCUGGAGAAAUUCGGGCUGCGCACCAUAGCCCUCACCGGCUCUGCUCUCAACUGCCUGGGGGCCUGGGUGAAGCUGGGCAGCCUCAAGCCCCAUCUCUUCCCGGUCACCGUGCUGGGCCAGGUCAUCUGCUCCGUAGCCCAGGUCUUCAUCCUGGGCAUGCCCUCCCGCAUCGCCUCCGUGUGGUUCGGGGCUAAUGAGGUGUCCACGGCCUGCUCCAUCGCUGUCUUUGGCAACCAGCUUGGAAUUGCCAUUGGAUUCUUGGUCCCUCCUGUCUUGGUGCCCAACAUCAAAGACAAGGCUGAGCUGGCCUACCACAUCAGCAUCAUGUUCUACAUUAUAGCAGGGGUGGCCACUCUGCUUUUCAUCCUUGUCGUCAUCGUGUUCAAGGAGAAGCCUAAACAUGCCCCCAGCAGGGCCCAGUCGCUGAGCUACACCUUGGCGUCCCCUGAUGCUUCGUAUUUAAAUUCCAUCAUCCGACUCUUCAAAAACCUCAACUUUGUGCUGCUCAUCAUCAGCUAUGGUCUGAAUGCUGGUGCUUUUUACUCCUUGUCCACUCUGCUGAAUCGCAUGGUGAUCUUGCACUACCCGGGGGAAGAAGUGAAUGCUGGAAGAAUCGGCCUGACCAUCAUCAUUGCAGGAAUGUUUGGGGCUGUGAUCUCGGGCAUCUGGCUGGAUAGGACCAAAACCUACAAGGAGACAACUUUGGUGGUCUAUGUCAUGACUCUGGUGGGCAUGGUGGUUUACACAUUUACCUUGAACCUGGGAUACCUGUGGGUAGUGUUCAUCACGGCUGGCGCCAUGGGCUUCUUUAUGACUGGCUACCUCCCUCUGGGAUUUGAGUUUGCCGUGGAGCUGACAUACCCAGAAUCAGAAGGCAUGUCGUCCGGCCUCCUCAACGUGUCUGCCCAGAUAUUCGGGAUCAUCUUCACCAUCUCCCAGGGCCAGAUCAUCGACACCUACGGAACCAUGCCUGGCAACAUCUUCCUGUGUGUGUUCCUCACGCUUGGAGUGGCCCUCACUGCAUUCAUUAGGGCAGAUCUCCGGAGGCAGAAGGCAAACAAAGAAACACCUGAGAAUAAGCUCCAGGAGGAAGAGGAGAGCAAGACCAGCAAAGCCCCCACCCCUGUGUCCGAGGAGCAUCUCUGAGAGAGAAAGGUGGUGGGACUCGGGCAACACCUGCUGCCACCUCCAGCCAGCCCCGCCCUCCUGGCCAGCACUGCGGGCUCCACUGGAGCAGCUUCUGGAGGGAAUUUCGGGAAUAACUGUGGCUUGGACGGCAGCCCCUCUGCCUCAGGGACCCCCCGCCCAGAGCUUGCGUGUCCACUUGGGGACAGUACCCUUUUCACCCAGUGCAGAUGGGCGUCCCACCCCUCCCCCUUGGCUUCUGGGAGCUGGUGCUGGGAGAGGCCAAGAGAACCCAGGGCCAGUCCUGGCCUCCUGCCUUGCCUUCCCCUGGACGGGCCCUCGGGGAAAGCCUGCACAGUUAUCAUGGAGAGAAAGCUUAUUCGGGAGAUGAACAUUUUCUAGUGUCUUAAGACUCUUAGGUGCCUCAUUCUAAGGAGUGGCAGCUGCCCCGGGCAGGGGUCCCUCUUGGGCCAUCAGACUGGCUGCUCCAGUUCUGUGGGAGAGAAAACACCCUCAGGACAAACCCCUCUGGACCCUGUGACCAUGUUCUCCUGGCUCAUGUUGGUGUCUGCCUCCAAAUCUGUUUUUUCUAAGAGCUGAUGAAACCAAACAUCAAUAAACUUGACAAAGCUGUGUUGUGACCUGAAGGAGAAGCCAAAUUCAGAGAGUCGAUCACCCUGGGAUGUGAGGGUGCCUAUGAGUAGCCCGCUUCAGGAACGAGAAGGUUCUUUGCUCCAGAAGCAGCCCUUGCCCGGCAACCUGUGUGUGUGUGUCCGUCACCUCUGCUGCCUCCAUCUGGACGCUGCCUCAGAGCGUGUUCUCCAGGGCCAGGGCCAGCCCGCCAGCUUCCUAAAACCUUUACUGAGAACUCACCUGGAUCCUUCCUCCCGCGACCUCCCAGGCCCUCCUGCGGAUGGAGGAAAGGGGCAGAGGGGAGGUGGCCCUUGAGUGGGAGGCAGGUGCUGGAUGAGGUGAGUAAGCCUCUUGAACCUCUGGUGGGGCCAGUGUCUGCACCCUCGCCCCCAGCUCUCAGUGCUCUGUUCUCAGAUGUUCUGAAUUUAAAGAGAUUCCCCUUCCCCCAGCCCAGGCUGCCCUCUCCUGCCUUGCCCGCUGUCUUUCUCUACUCCUGGGCCCGGGUAGUACCUCCUGAACAUGAGAUGUUUUGGUCACUUCGCCUGUGCGAUGGGCUCUGUGAUCGCGACCCCUGGGCUGUUUUGUGGCCACUGCUCCAGCCACAGCAUUUGGAGCAGCCUGUGUGGCAGCGGUGCUCGGAUGCUUGGGCCACUUCCCGAGGGGAGCCUGGGGUGUGCAUGUGGUUGUGUGUGUAUAUGUGUGUACCAAGAGUGUCUUCACAAUAAAAGAAGUUCACUGGGUUGUUGGGAGGAGUGAGGAGUGGAGAGACGUGGAGAGAGUGUGUGCCUUACUUUUUGAUAAGGAGAGAGUGUUUACUCUUUUAGCCCCUUAAAAUGUGUAAACAAAAUGUUUACUGAGCCCAUUGCUUUAUUUUAAAACAUAAUUUGUAUUUUCCAUUUGUAAUACCAAAUGUUUUAAUGCAAUAAAAGAUUC